UUGAAACCAACCAUAAGCUCCUUUUACCUUCAUUCUAUAGGUAACCCCGAUUAUUGCUGACUUAAGCAUCGGAGUGUCUACCCCGAGUAUCACCUCGGGGCUUUGCAGGUCAAUCCAAAGUGCAGACGUGGACUGAAGAAGGACUUCUGGUUUGUGCAAUUACAUUUGGCGUCGUCUGUGGGAAUCGAACUGAAAGCUUCUUUGUUGCUCUUCCAUCAUGGUUACUACUCGAUCUGUCCGACCUGGACAAGGACAACCGCAGUACCCUAACAACCCUCCACCUCAGCUCCCCAAUACAUUCCCUCCUGUUGAACACGUAGAAGGAGGUGAUGAAAACCAACCUCAUGAUUCAGCUCAUAAUUCAGCUCACACCAUUAAUCAUGGAGACGCAGUUACUGCUCAGCUCGCUGCCAUGCAGCAGCAGUUCAGAAUAUUUCAAUUAGUCCUGGCACAGCUCUUAGCUCGGAAUAACCCAGCUGACCCCCUCAUUAACCUACUCAAUCCAGCUCAACCACAACACCCCCCAAUACCGCCACAAGAACCUCCUCCAAUACCCCAUAAUGAACCCCAACAUGCUCCUGUUAUCAACAGUUUGGAAAGGUUGGUUGCCGAGCAGCGAGGUGCUCCACCCCCUCAUCAUGACACUGCCUCAAUACCUCACCCUCUCAACACAAACAUUACAUUAGAACCUUAUCCCCCUGGCUUCAAGAUACUCCAGCUCGAGACUUAUGAUGGGACGAAGGAUCCCGAUGAUCACCUACAUGCUUUCUACUCCUGCAUGCAGACUCAAAACGCCUCUGAUGCGUUGAUGUGCAAGAUCUUCCCUUCUACUCUUCGAGUUAACUCCUUUGAUCAGGCUGUAGGAAUCGCAGCUGUUAUCUCAGGUCUUAAUCAUGAAAGGUUCAGAGACAGUUUGAUCAAACAUCCAGCAACCACCUUCAACGAGGUGAAUGACAGAUCCUUGAAGUUCAUAACUGCCGAGGAAUAUGCCUUGUCACAGAAGCCAAUCCCCUCAAAGAAUCAGAACCCAAAUUGGAGAGAGGAGAAUCAAAGCAGGAAAAGGAUGAGAACUGUACUGAACCAAGGUCCGAUGUCAAACUCUACACCGAGAUUCGGAAGGCCGAACUCAACACCUCCUCCACCUCAACUAGUUCCCAGCAAACCACCAGUUACAUGGACUCCUUUCAAUCUGCCGAGGUCACAGAUUUUCAUGCAGAUUAAGAACAAGAUGGACUUGCGACAUCCUGGGCCAAUGAGAAGCUCUCCUGCUACCCGAGAUCAUACUAAGUACUGUGAUUUUCACCAAGAUCAUGGUCAUACAACCAAGCAGUGCAAUAGCCUGAGGUCCGAACUAGAAAGUCUGGCUGAGAAAGGGAUGCUGAAUGAGUAUAUCCAGAGGCUAGAACAGUCGAGACUUAAUGAUGAUGAAUGGAAAGAUCAACCUAUUACUUUUACACCUGUUGACUUUGAAGGUGUCGUCACACCUCAUAAUGACCCCCUGGUCACUUUUGUUAUGAUCAAUAACUGCCAAGUCCAGCGUGUCCUUGUUGACACUAGCAGUGCACCUGACAUCAUGUACUAUCACUGUUUCGAAAGCUUGGGAUUGGAUUCAGCAUUGUUGCAGAAGUAUGAUGGCCCCAUAUACGGCUUCAACAACCAACCUGUUCAGGUUGAAGGAGUCCUCACUCUUAAUGUUGCAUUCGGUAGUGGUAGAACUUAUGUGACUCCCUCAGUUUUGUUUCUAGUUGUAAAAAUGCCUUCUUCCUUCAAUAUCGUCAUUGGCCGACCCACAUUAACAGAAAUCCGAGCUGUCGUCUCCCAAUCUCAUCUCUGCAUGAAAUUUCCAACUCCCAUGGGAAUAGCAACUUUAAAGGAUAACAAACUUGAGGAUGAAUCCCGAACUGCUCUUGUUGAAGAUGUUGAAGAGACCUUGGUAGACAUGCCUGGAAUUCCGACCUCGGUAGCUCAACACAAGCUCAGCACCAACCCACUCAAGAAACCAGUACCUCAGAAACGGCACCUCUUUAGGGGGGGAGAGGUUAUAGGCCAUAAAAGAAGAGUGUUGGUUAAGAAAUCGAAUGGGAAAUGGCGGAUGUGCAUCGACUAUACAAAUCUCAACCAGGCUUGUCCAAAAGACUGUUACCCAAUGCCAAAUAUUGACAAACUGGUUGAAGCAGCUUCUGGGAAUGAGAGACUAAGUCUCUUGGAUGUAUAUUCUGGCUACCAUCAAGUCCCGAUGGCCCCUAAGGACCAGGAGAAGACCUCGUUCUAUGCUGGCGAUGAGAUCUAUUGCUAUAUGAUGAUGCCUUUUGGCUUAAAGAACGCAGGUGCCACUUACCAGAAGAUGGUUACCAUCGUGUUCCGAGCUCAGAUAGGCUGGAAUCUGGAAGUAUAUGUUGAUGACAUCGUGGCAAAGAGUCUGAAAGCUGAAGAUCACUUAGUCGACCUCGAUGAAACCUUCAACAAUCUCAGAAAGAAUAGAAUGAGGUUGAAUCCAACAAAAUGUAUCUUCGACGUGAAGUCCGGAAAGUUUCUAGGCUUCAUGGUGUCCAGAAGGGGGAUUGAGGUUAACCUCGAGAAGAUCAAGGUAGUGGCCGAAAUGGAGCCGCCGAAGUCAGUAAAGGAUGUGCAGAGGUUGACGGGGAGAGUGGCAGCUCUCCACAGAUUCAUCUCGAAGUCUGCAGAUAAGUCUGCAUUCGAUGAGCUGAAGUUUUAUCUUAGCUCACCCCCGUUACUUACCAAAGCUGUUGAUGGAGAAAUCCUCUACCUGUACCUAGGCAUCUCAGAUGAAGCAAUCAGUUUUGUGCUGAGGUCAGCAAUCCGAGCUCAGGCUCUUGCAGAUUUUAUUGUGGAGUGCACCUCGGCUCAUACUGAUCCCCAACCUGAACCGGACAGUUGGACUUUAUAUGUUGACGGGGCAUCAAGUAGCAAAGGUUCUGGUGCUGGUGCGAUCUUACUUGGCCCUGAAGGAUAUCGUAGUGAGUAUGCUUUGAAAUUUAAUUUUGAAGCCACCAACAUUAUGGCUGAAUAUGAAGCUCUACUGCUUGGCUUACAAUUGGCAUUAGAACUGAAGGUUGCGGCAAUUCAGAUAUACAGUGACUCUCAACUUGUGGUCAAUCAAGUGAAUUCUGUUUGUGAAGUGGUUGAUCCUGUGAUGAUGAAGUAUGCAACUAUGGUGGCCGAACUGAAAUCCAAGUUCCAGAAAUUCUGUUUGAGCAAAAUACCCCGAGCUGAAAACGAACAAGCAGAUUCACUCUCCAAGUUUGCCUCUGAUGGCAGCCAAAGCUCCAGAUCAGUUUUUGUUGAAAUUCUGAAUGAGCCUAGUUUUCAAAAACCAAAAAUGAUGGAGAUCAGCACUAAUCCUGAUACGCCGAGCUGGACAGACCCAAUCAUCUCUUUCUUGCGAGAUGGAACAGUUUCUGCAAAUAAGCACGAAGAGAUGAGGUUGAGAAAGAAAGCAUCUCGGUACACACUCGUUCAUGGGGCCCUUUAUAAGAGAUCUUUCUCACUCCCUCUACUCCGCUGCUUGAGCCCUUAUGAAGCUGAAUACGCACUUCAUGAGGUACAUGAAGGUGUCUGUGGAAGCCACAUCAGUGCUAGAACUUUAGCCCACAAAAUCCUCAGACAAGGAUACUAUUGGCCCAACAUGUAUAAAGAUGCCACUCAGUUCAUACAGAGAUGUUCGAAGUGCCAAUUCUUUACACAUCUAACUCACCAGCCGGCAAAAGAGCUCACUGAUCUGGUAGCACCUUGGCCAUUUGCUCAGUGGGGACUUGAUCUUCUGGGUCCAUUCAUGAAGGGGAUAUAUGGAAUCCUGAAUCAAAUUGUGGCUGAUAAUGGAACCCAGUUCAACUGCUCCUCAUUCAGAGAUUUCUGCUCCAGUUAUGGGAUCAAAUUACAGUUCACCUCGGUAUAUCACCCAGAAUCCAAUGGCAUGGUAGAAUCUGUUAACAAAGCCAUCCUUGAAGGAAUAAAGCCGAGGUUGGAGCAGCAUAAAGCCAGGUGGGUAGACGAGCUCAAUAACGUCCUCUAGGCAUAUAGAACCACGAGCCGAACUGCCACAGGUACUACUUUAAACCUGACUUGGUUAAUUUCCAUAUCACUUUAUUUCUUUUUCUCUUUUUCUAUGACUCUACUUUAGAACAAAUAUGCAUAACGCGU